AAUUUUGAGCUCCGUGUUCACAUUCUACUAUGGCCUUGUCAGCUCCUUUUCUCCAGUGUACGUAUGGAUGCUUAUACUGCGUGGAUUGGUUGGAUUUGGAAUAGGAGGUGCUCCACAGUCUGUCACAUUGUAUGCCGAGUUCCUACCAUCAGCAUCCAGGGCAAAGUGUGUAGUACUUAUUGAGAUAUUUUGGGCCAUAGGUACCUGUUUUGAGGUCUUAUUGGCUCUAAUAGUGAUGCCAAACUUGGGAUGGAGAUGGCUCCUUGGAUUCUCUGCCCUGCCACUGCUCAUAUUUACAUUAGCAUGCGUGUGGCUACCAGAGAGUGCACGGUUCGAUAUGGCCAGAGGUCGCUCAGAUAAAGCCUUGGCUACACUUCAGAGGAUAGCCAAGGACAAUAAUAAGCCAAUGCCUCUGGGAAAGUUGGUUCACUCUGGACCCAGUAGUGUGGACCCAACACAGAUGAAAGCAAAAAGAGGAAGGCUUAAGGACCUUUUUACCCCAGAAAUGAGAGUUACAACUUUUAUGCUUUGGAUAAUAUGGUUUGCCAAUGCAUUUUCAUACUAUGGGAUAGUUCUACUGACCACUGAGCUGUUUGAGUCUGGGGAAACGUGCCAUGUAAGUGGAAAGGUAGAUGCCCCUAGCUGCUCCUUGGAGUGUAAAGUAUUGACCACAAAAGACUAUGUAGACCUAUUAUGGACAACCUUAGCAGAGUUUCCAGGUUUGAUUCUUACUGUGUUUAUAAUUGAUCCUCUGGGCAGGAAGAAAACAAUGGGCUUUGAGUUUUUGGUGUUUUCUCUCUUCACCUUCCUCAUCUGCACAUGCCCUACAAGGGGUUUGCUGAUAUUUUUCAUAUUUGUGGCAAGAGCAUUUAUAUCAGGUGCUUUCCAGGCAUGCUAUGUGUAUACUCCAGAGGUGUACCCCACCACCACCCGUGCAAUAGGGCUGGGCACCUGUAGUGCCAUGGCCAGAAUUGGUGCAAUUGUUACUCCCUUCGUAGCCCAGGUUUUAUUACGAACAUCAGUGUACUUAACUGCGUCUAUAUAUGGGGGAGUGUGUAUAGCAGCAGCAAUAGCCUCCUUUCUUUUACCCAUAGAAACAAAAGGAAGAGAAAUGAAGGAAUCUCAUGUAGAUACCACAGUUGAUGUUCUGCCCCCAGUUGUUCAUUAGCUAACAUCUUGCCAUCCUGACUCUCAGGAGGUAGAACCUCACCAUGUCAGCAGUCUUCAUUGAAAAGAAAGGGACACUAUGGAUCAACGUCAUGUUUCCCAACAAAACCAAGUUUUUAGUCUAAAACUAAGAAUGCUAAAUAAUAAUAACCAAAUGUACAUGGAGUGUACUGAAUAACAGUGGUCUAAAAUGGUUCCCAAAUGGAUAUAAGAAAUAUGCUAUACAUACCAAAUAAGCAUCUGGGAGUAAAAUUCAACUUAAAAAAAAGUGGAAUUUGGUCUAAUGUGGUAAGCGACUUACCAGAUUCUUUGCGUAAUCCAACUUAUUCUGCUACGAUUCUUAGCAGGCUUAACUAACAACACCAGCCUUUGACAUCAGUUCUAUUAUUGCCAACAGUUCAGGGUGCAGAUUCUAAAAGCACUGGGUAACUUUCAAAUGGUGGCUUAUAUCUGCUCUGUUGAGGGCACUGAUAGAUCCACUUGUCCGUUUUGGUCUACUAUUUCUCUUAACAUUUAUUUGGACCUACCUGUUCAAGCCAAUUUUGCUUAAGUUGUGGAAAAAAAUAAAUCUGCACCCUGUAGAUGGUAUAUGCUAGUUUAUUUUAUAAGAGGUGGGAUUCCUUGCUCCUGUGGUAUUUACUGUAAGGCAACCUAGUUAUAUAGAUGUUUUUGUGUGGUAAUGAAAGAGUAAAGACUUGUUCUGAGCUGGGCUAAAGAUCAGAGAUGAAAGUGUACUGGAUUUAUCCAGAAAUCCAGAUAUAGGGUGUAUGUUAAAAAAAAAAUU